AAGCAAUCCCAUUUCCCUUUCUCACUCCUUCCUUCCAAAGACGGAAAAGCACCAUCAACAGCAGACCAACCAUGCCGAUGGAAUAUAGCAAUCCGACUUCUCCAGACGACAAAGGUCCCUCUCCGCCACCACGAACCCAUGAACGAUCAGAAGGUCAUCAUCAACAACAGCAACAGGACUCGUUACCGACCGGACUUCGAAUUCUUUGCCUGCACGAUGCCAACUCCAGUGCCUCCGGGUUAAAGACUCAUUUGACCAUGUUGGGCGACCGACUGUACCAGAAGCAUGGAAUUGAUUUGGUAUACAUCAACAGUCCUUUGUGUGUUUCCGAACUGGAUGGAGAUACGGACCGUAUAUGGUACGAAACAGACCAACGGCGACCAGGUGAAGAUUCCCCACAACAGGAACAAUUGUUGGGGCUCGAUGCUUCCCUUUGCUUGUUACAGCAGAUCUGGAAAAGCAUGCCAUUUUGGGGCAUUCUAGGCAUUGGCCAAGGAGCUGCCAUUGGGUCCUUGUUGUCGCUGCUGCCGGAAGUCAAACCGAGGGCUAAAUUUGGAAUUUUUAUUCAGGGUGAAGCUUUGAUUCAAGAAGCAGAACAAUUGGUGGAUGCGGGUGAUGACUGGUCUUGUUUGCACAUUAUUGACCCUGAUGUCAAGACAGGGACAGGAGGACGGCUAAUCCAGCAAUUUGGUGGCGCCGUGCACAAAGUUAGUAGGAAUGGAGAAGCGGGAUAUUCCAAGAAAGCGCUGAACAUUAUUGGAAAGUUUAUUAUUGACCAAAAGAAAAAGAUGCGACAACACGGGGAAAGCCAGGCACUGGCACUGCAAAAUCAACUUCACAUUGUGGAACAACAAGCCUCUCGGUUGAUUGCACAACGGAUUGCGGAAAAUCCUCCCAAUGUUCUCAUGGCAGUGGUAGCACCCAAAGAAGUGGCAGCUGGUGGCAUGAAACGAAGAGGACCAGGUGAAGAAGGAGGCGGUGCUCCCUGUCCUCCGGAAUUCUUGCUGAGACGGGAUACCCGGGCAGAUCUCGAUGCUCAUGGGACUUCCAGUCGCAUGCAUCCAGAAGAACAACGCAAAAACAACAACAACACCAGUAGCAACAACGAGGACGGCAACAGCUCCAGCCAACCAAAGUAAUUUGAGCGCUGUCGUCAAUACACACGAUAACUAGUCAACGACGAAGAAACCUGGCUUGCAAUCUACAGUACUACGUUGGCCAGCAAACGUAAUCUCGACGCCUUUCGUUCUUGCCAUUUUAAAAAGGGAUGAACAUAAGCUAGCGCGAAUACCGGUAGGAACAAAUCAAGAUCUUCGGUUCAGGGCUGCCUAUUGAACUUGGUGGAAGAGAGGGAAUGCCGACUCCUGACGCAAGAGGUAUCUCCAUGUACGUAGGAUUAGGACUCUGAAAAUUUGAUGAGGACGAUAGUUUAUUGGGAACUUGAGGGAAACGCCCGUCGAAAGCUACUUUUAUGGCCGAACGUCCUAGUAGAUAGACCUACAAGUUCGUCGAUAGAAGAUAGACCUAAAAGUUCGUCGAUAGAAAUUCUUUUUCUUUU